ACAAGGUAACCAGGAAGCAGGACAGCCAGAGCCGCGUCCAAUCCGAUGGAGCUUCAGAAGCCGUGACUUACUCUGACAAAAGAGAAGACUUUUGUUGCACAAGCUCGUCGAUUCCAGGGUUUGUUGUCGUUUGAGCGAGAGUGUCACAGCGUUCUGUCUUUGCAGUGGAAGUUAAAGGUGUCGGUGGACAGUACAAUGAGAGAAGAGGUGUCCUGCACCAACUCCCCUGAAGGAGGUAUGGGGGCCAGCGAGGAGGAACUGGAAAGAGGGUCGAAGAAGAGCCACCAGCAAGGAAACCGAAAACGUUCCCCUUACCCCAAGAAGGACAGCCUGGGUCAGGCGGAGGAGAGCAGCACCGGCAGCCCCAGCAGCCUGCUGCCGUCCGUGCCGAAGAGGCCGAAGAAAAGCCCCACGACCGUCGUGUCGCUGGCCCCCACGUCUCUGGGCCCCAGGCUGGACCAGCCCUUCGAGGACCUCCACUCUCAGCGCGUCAUCGCCAACGUGCGGGAGCGUCAGCGCACUCAGUCCCUGAACGACGCCUUCGCCUCUCUACGCAAGAUCAUCCCCACGUUACCUUCGGACAAGCUGAGCAAGAUCCAGAUCCUGAAGCUGGCCUCGCGCUACAUCGACUUCCUCUACCAGGUGCUGCAGAGCGACGAGAUGGACGCCAAGCUGGCCAGCUGCAACUACCUGGCCCACGAAAGACUGAGCUACGCCUUUUCCGUCUGGAGGAUGGAGGGGGCCUGGGCCAUGUCCGCCAGCCACUAGGAUCCCCGCGAACUUCCCUCCUAAACCCUCUCGUGUCCACAUCUUCACCCCACGGCCUCCAUCUGUUUUUGCACCCAUUUUCCUGACCUCCUAACCCCUGAAUUCUUCUCCUCAAGUCUGAUCUUAACCUUUUCCUCUCAAGCCUUUGCACACAUUCCUGCUCGAUUUAUGCACUCUGUAAUGGUUCACUCCAUUUCCGCCAGCACCAACAUCCACUGUUGGAUCUGUGCUGCCAAACUCUGUCUGAGUUCACCUUGUUUCCCUCCAUUCUUUCUGCUCCCACUGCUCUCCCUUGUCUGUCCCACAGUUUAGUCCAGUGCAACAAGACGCUCCGCUGCAGCCCAUCAGAAAAACCGACAAAUGGAAAAAUUCUCUACCCUCAAAGAAGAAAUGUGUUCCUGCCUCACCAGACGAUCCCCGGUUUUUAAUCUUUAAGAAACACUUUUUUUUCCCCCCUCUCCUCUUUCUCCGGACACGACUCUGAGACACUGAGACGUUUUCUCGCAGCUCGACUCCCAACAGUUUUCACGUUGUCUUUCUGAAACGCUGUCGAGGAGACGUGACAGUCCAGCGCUGAACAUUUUUUGACUGAGGAAAACACAAACAAAAAAGAAAAAAACAAAAACAAAACAAACAGCUGGCCUGCGUUGACAAUGAAACAAAAUGGCUGCUGGUUCGAGUGCCUUGGGUAACACCGUGAUAACCAUCAUCCACCCCGACUCUUCACGUCGGGGUGACUCACUGCCAGACAGACAUUACGAUGACUAAUGAUAAUGGCACAGUGAUGGUUGGAGGGCGGUCACAGCCAAUGAAUGUUUACAGCUAAAAUGCUAAUAAGCUAAUCUCUCUGGCUCUCAAAGCCCCGUCUUGUGGGGAAAAGAGGAGCACGAGAAAU